ACUAAUAAAUUAUUAUUUAAAUAUCGUAUAAUAAACCCAUCCAAACCGCUAUCGUGUCACAACUCCCUCCAUUUCUCACCCCAUUCAAAUGCGACUUUCCUCUCAAACCUUCACCCGUUUCUCUCCCUCAUCAUACCCGAAUAUGACAUCCGGGUCGAACUCGUUAAUGUGGUUCCGAAAGGGUCUUCGGAUCCACGACAACCCGGCCCUGGAGUACGCUGCUAAAAACUCCACCCAUGUCUACCCGUUGUUUGUCAUUGACCCGCAUUAUAUGAAGCCCGACCCCACUGCAUUCUCCCCCGGUUCGAACCUUGCAGGGUUGAACCGGAUCCGGUUCUUGCUCGAGAGUCUAGUUGAUCUGGAUUCUAAUUUGAAGAAGUUGGGCUCACGUUUGUUGGUGUUGCAUGGAGAGCCUGGAGAGGUUUUAAUUCGUUGUUUAAAGGAGUGGGACAUAAAAAGACUAUGCUUUGAGUAUGAUACCGAUCCGUAUUAUCAAGCUUUAGAUGCUAAAGUACAGAGCUAUGCUUUAGAGAGUGGCAUAGAGAUAUUCUCUCCAGUGAGUCAUACACUGUUCAAUCCUGCAGAUAUUAUACAAAAGAAUGGAGGUACGCCGCCAAUGAAUUGCCUAUCGUUUUCAAAAAUCGCUGGCGAGCCUCAUUGGUUAUCAUCCUCGCUCUCCACAACUCCUUCUGUGAUUCCUCCUGUCGGUGAUGUUGGAAAUUGUGAAAUCUCCGAAGUUCCAACUGUUAAACAACUUGGUUAUGACGACAUUCAAGAGGAUGAACCACCUGUAUUUAAAGGUGGUGAAUCUGAAGCAUUGAGAAGGCUUAGAGAAUCAACUAACGAUAAGAAAUGGGUUGCAACAUUCGAGAAACCAAAUACCGAUCCUUCUGCAUUUAUAAAGCCUUCAACGACAAUGUUAUCGCCAUACUUAAAAUUCGGUUGCUUAUCUUCGAGAUACUUCUACCAGUGCAUCAAAGAGAUUGAAAAAGAGUUCAAAAACCAUACUUCACCGCCAGUUUCCCUUCUUGGGCAGUUCUUUUGGAGGGAUUUCUUCUACACUGUUGGUUUUGGCACUCCUAAUUUCGAUCGCAUGAGGGGUAAUAAAAUUUGCAGACAGAUACCUUGGAACAACGAUGACGAACUGCUGGCGGCGUGGAGGGAUUCGCGGACAGGGUUUCCUUGGAUCGAUGCCAUCAUGGUCCAGCUUCGAAAAUGGGGUUGGAUUCAUCAUUUGGCUCGCCAUUCCGUUGCUUGUUUUCUAACUCGUGGAGAUCUCUUCAUUCACUGGGAAAAAGGGCGCGAUGUGUUUGAGAGACUUCUUGUGGAUUCAGAUUGGGCGAUCAACAAUGGGAACUGGUUAUGGCUAUCUUGCUCGGCGUUUUUCUACCAGUAUCAUCGUAUAUAUUCUCCGAUCACAUUUGGAAAGAAAUAUGAUCCUACUGGUGCGUACAUCAGACACUUUCUUCCUGUUCUAAAAGAUAUGCCGAAGGAGUAUAUCUACGAGCCAUGGACAGCUCCGUUAAGCGUUCAAACAAAAGCUAACUGUAUUAUUGGAAAAGAUUAUCCAAAGCCAAUAAUUUCUCAUGAAAUUGCAAGCAAGGAAUGCAAGAGGAAGAUGGCGGAGGCAUAUGACUUGAACAAGAAACAAAAUGGUAUAGUGAGCGACGAAGAUCUACAAAACUUAAGAACUCGGGUGGAAGACCAAAGCCAAGCGACCGUGCCCAGAAGACUCAAACAGAAGUUGAUUUGAUGAGUCGUGGGUCGUGUUGGUUCGAUCAUCUUGGCUAGAAUUCACCCAAUUGGCAUGACUAACAAGUUUGGAUAGUAUAUGAGGUCAAGUUACAUGUGUUUUAUAAGUUUGUUGUUGUACUACUUAGUUUGUUAGAACUUAGAAAUAGAGAUAAGCAACUUGUGAUUUAUGAAUUAAUGAAACGUUUUGAAAUUUGAUAGAUAUUGGUGGUAUUUGUUUUUGCAUACAAUGAAGGCGUUAAAUUAAGCUA